ACCCUGCCGGCUCUGCGGUAAAGGGAAUGUCGUUACUGCAGAUCGGAAUGAGUCAGGGCUGAGCCCCAUCGGCCUCUUUGGCGCGGGGACCGCCCUUCUGGGGGCUGUAGAAAUGGACCUCAGGUGUGGGAAGGUGCGGGCUGCACCUGCUCGUGUUUCUUGAGGGAGAGCUCACAUGGCUGAAAAAUGAGUCUGAAGCAAGAAGGCUCAUUGUGUGCUCAACACUGUCUGAAUAAUUUGCUGCAAGGGGAAUACUUUAGCCCUGUAGAGUUAUCCUCUAUUGCACAGCAGUUGGAUGAGGAAGAAAGGAUGAGAAUGGCAGAGGGAGGAGUAUCUAGUGAAGAAUACAGAACAUUUUUACAGCAGCCUUCUGUAAAUAUGGAUGAUAGUGGAUUCUUCUCAAUUCAAGUUAUAAGCAAUGCCUUGAAAGUGUGGGGUUUAGAACUAAUCCUCUUCAACAGCCCAGAGUAUCAGAGACUUGGGAUCGACCCUAUAAAUGAAAAAUCAUUUAUUUGUAAUUAUAAGGAACACUGGUUUACAGUUCGAAAGUUAGGAAAACAGUGGUUUAACUUGAACUCUCUCUUGAUGGGUCCAGAACUAAUAUCAGACACAUAUCUUGCACUUUUCUUGGCUCAAUUACAACAGGAAGGUUAUUCCAUAUUUGUAGUAAAAGGAGACCUGCCAGACUGUGAGGCUGACCAGCUACUGCAGAUGAUUCGGGUACAGCAGAUGCAGAGACCAAAACUAAUUGGAGAAGAGGCAGCACAGUCAAGAGAUCAGAGGCUACCCAGAAGUGAUGUGGACCAAGCAAUAGAAGUUAACCAUCCUUUUGAUGGAACAGGCAUGUUAGAUGAAGAUGAAGAGAAUUUUCAGAGAGCCCUGGCUCUAAGUAGGCAGGAAAUUGAUAUGGAGGAUGAAGAAGCUGAUCUUCGCAGAGCCAUUCAGCUCAGCAUGCAAGGUAGUCGUCGAAGUGAGCUCUCAGGCUCGUUACCGCAGAAUGUUCCUCAGUCGUCUCACAGCAGUCAGACAGAAUCCCUUUCUUCAGAAGAACUGCGAAGGAGAAGACAAGCCUAUUUUGAAAAACAGCAACAACAGCUACAGCAGCAAGAUCAGACGCCAAACCUACAUGAUAAGGCAACUCUUAGCUCAAGCACUCAAGAAGCUGACCCAGGAGGUGAUAUGAGUGAAGAAGACAUGCUUCAAGCAGCCAUGAAUAUGUCUCUGGAAUCUGUUAAAAACCACUUGAAUUCAGAAGAGGAGAAAUGACAUCAUUUUUUUCCCCUCUUAUUGUCAAAAUGCUAAGUCUCCAUUAAAAUUCUACCGUGUGAAUGUUGCACAAGCAGGGUUCAUUUCAGAGUUCUGGAAGCAGGAAUGAAAGGGGGGCUGCUGGAGGUCAGAGUUUAGAGGGAAUCUGCAAAUACGAAAAAGAUCACACUAAUUUAGAAAACUGUAGCACUCCUACUACAAAACAUCUGCUCAAAAAAGUAGUAGUGUUAAAAUUACUGAACUAUUCACAUGAACAAAGUCAGACGAGUGUAGCAUCUGUAACUUAGAUAUAAAAAGCAAGUUUAAAUUGUUUUGAAGAAUUCUGUAGAAGAUCUAAAUGGUGCCAAAACCAGCAUCUACUGAUUUCCUUCAGUACUAAUGGAAAAAGAGAUUCAAGUAAUAAGUUGUGCUCAUAAAUUAUUAUGUUCCUUUUAAUAAAUCGCUCUAAAAUGGGGAAAGUAAUUAAGUUCUGUUAAUCUUAAAUUUAUUUUGUGAGCUCUGAGUUGAUUAGAGCAGAGUGCUAAUAAGGCCAAGGUGAUGGGUUCGAUCCCUCUAAGGGCCAUUCACUUUAGGAGGUGGAUUUGAUGAUCCUUGUGGGUCCCUUCCAACUCAGAAUAUUCUGUGAUUCUGAGUGACUUAACAUCACCUUUUUGAUCCUGCUGUCCACUUUUGAAAUGACCCAUUCUGCAGGAGAAACAAGAAUCCAUAGAUUUCAUACUUACAAUUCAAGAUGAAAUCUUUAGUGGAUUCUUGAGUAUAAUGUUACUCAUGAAUCUUUCAGUGAUUUCUGACUUCCUAGCACUUUGUGGUUUUACUUUUAAUUCCAACUGUAAAAUUUUAAAUCCGUGUUUAACAUUUUGGUUUUUGGCAGAUAACUUGCCUUAUUUGGUUUGAUGAGGUUUUUUAUAAAUUUUUGUUUGUUAUGUUCUUUCUUGUUAAGGCACUGUCUUUACUACAAAAGUAGGAUACAAUCAAUUGGGUUGAACAGGUUUUCUUUUCUACCUCUUCCAGGGUCUUUUUUUUUUCCCUUUUCAAGCUCAAACCUUCAUUUUGGCCUUUCAGUAUGAAAGAACUGUAACUGAAUCUAGGAGAAAGGAGGAGGGGAUAUAGGUGCCAUAAAGUCAGUGCCACACACAAGGUGCAUUCCUGCAAUCUGAAAUGACCCCUGUGCAAGUAGCUCUUUUAAGAAUUAAUAUUUAUGCCUGUGUGGAUGUUCUUUCUGAAAUGCUUUUUAUGAGUGUCUGUCAGAAUGUUGCAGUUUUUUCAGGAAUGGCCUUUAUUCACGCACCUUACAAAUUUUUACCAUGCUGUUUCUGAUCCUGAGAAAAAUUGGGGAGCAAAGUAUGUGAGAUAGCUUAUGCUAUUGGUUGUAAGACAUUUGUUUUGAUACCCAGGAUGAAUGUGUAAAAGGGUGACCAAACCUGGCUUGGAACUUCAGUGCAACGAAAGAGAUAUGUUUCAUUUUCCUAAAUGGUGCUUGAAAUACAAAUUCUGUUUACAUAUAAAUUAUAUGGAAAUAUGUUGUAGAUAGAAUAUAUAAGCUGUAGUCCAAUUAAAGCAUUAACAGUUAGCACAGGCAUUCUAAGAAUCUUUCAAAGAUAACCCCAAAUUUCUUUAUCAAAAUAUUCUUAAGUUACAUCAUUGCACAAAAGUCACAUUUAAUUAAAAUUAGUAUGAAAUGAAUAGUAGCUAGAUGGAAAUAUACAUUCAGCAUCAAGUAGUACUGUACAUGAAAGGGCUCUUACCUCUCAGUAAAGAUUUGUUUACAGCAAUGGUUUCCUGAUAGCUUAGGAUAUUAUUAUAUUAUACAUAACUGGGCUAAAUUCUGUUUUCCUUACGUAUGUGCUGAAUUUUCACCAAUGUCACCAGAAUCAGGUAUGUGUAAGACAAUACGGAUUUUGACAUGAGACUUUUAAAAAAAAUGAUUUUUGUCUUUUUUAAAUAAUUCUGUCAUACGCAUUAUAAUUAUUUGUAAUGUCUCAAAUUAAUAUACUUAAACAAUGGCUUUAAAAGUCCAUGUAUGCAUAUGCCAUUUUGAAAUGCUGUAUUUUUCAGGAUAUACUUUUCUGCUUUCAGUUUAAAAUUUCUAUUAAACGGAAAGCAGGAAAGGUAUCUCUAAAGCACUGAAUUAUUUCUUUGCUCAUCUGUAAAUUAAUUGCAGCUUUAAUUUCCCUUUUUUUGUUGUGCCAUAAACUGAUUCUGAAAUAAGACUAAUUUUUAUGAAUAGGUAUAGACUUGCAAUCUGAUGCCAAUAGUUGGACCUUGGACAUUUUAUCCUCUAUUAUAAGAAUAUAAUAAAAAGGUAACAUUUCUAUAACUCUAGCAGCCCUGGAUUGAAAAAAAAUCUAAGCCCCUUGAAUGGCAUUAACUGUAAUCCAGGUCAAAUACAUGUUUUUAUAAUCACUGAAACAUGGAGGUUUGCCUUUGAACUUUGUCACAUUGUAAGUCACUUCAUCACCCAAAUCUUUUAAUAUGGAAGGAAUAUAAAAUAACGAUGCCUGAAAAGCGCAACUGAGAGAUUCAUUACUGGGCUAAUGGCAUUCCUUUCUGUGUAGAAACAUUGUCAUUCAACAAAAACCAGUUUGAUUUUCAGCGGAAUGUCAAGUUUAAUGAUGAAGGCAUAUCUGUCUAGUCAGGCAGUUGAGAGAGCAGUUUAAGCUCAUCUGUUAAUUCUGAGUCCUGUUGCUGGAAAGGACCUGCAAGAGACCAACCAUUAACCCAGCACUGCCAAGUCCACCACUAAACUUAAUGUCCCUAACCACCGCUUCCACACCUCUUCUAAAAAGCCCCAGGAAUGGGGGCUGAACCACUUACUUGUGCAGCCUGUUCCAAUGCUGGAGAACCCUUUCAGUGAAGAAAUAUUUCCUGAUACCCGAACUAAACCUCCACUGGUGCAACUUGAGGCUCUUUCCUCUUAUCUUGUCACUUGUUACCUGGGAGAUUGACACCCAUCUCACUACAGCCUUCUUCCAGGAGUUGUAGAGAGUGACAAGAUCUCCUCUGUGCCUCUCCAUUGCACCCAAGGAAAAGAAUAGUAGUAAUUACUGACAGUACAUAUUUUAUAACUCAGGCCUCAACUUCACCUGCCAAGAAGCGGUCAGUAAAAGUGAUGUCAUUUUUUGGUGUGCAUUCUUUCAAUGAUAAACAGUUAUCAGCGUGGCUUAACUAUGCUUAUAAUAUGUUUACUAAUUUAGAGCCUACUCCCAGUGUUACCUACUCUGUCAUGCUUAAGGGUUGGGGUUUUUUUCCCAUGUUAUAGCUUUAGGCCAAAGUCCAUUCUAAGGGAGCAGACAUAGAUUUUUAUUUUAUUUUUUUUAAUUAUGAUAUUUGAGGGAAUUUCAGACUUCAUUCAUCCAACAGUUUUACUGUUUUGCAGUAAAGGGUCCAUGUGACAUAAUUUAUGGUUUGCUGACAGUAUAAAUCAAAGGGGCAGGGGGAAUGAGAGGUGCAGGGGGAAUGAGAGAUACUUACAUUAAAUAUGUUCCAGAAUUAGUUCUGUAAGUGUAAUUCUAUAAACUGCUUUCACAGUCUUAGGAGGGCAGGAGGAAAAAAGAGUUGUAAUGCAGUCAUGCUUGCAUGCAAUUCUUGUUAGGCACAGCAGGUAUGAAUAUGAGCUGCUUAAAUGCUUACAUUUUUGUAGACUUGAAACUAAUCUAAUAUCUGACUGGCUUACUCCAACAUUUGGGCUCCUGGUGCCCUUCAAAGAACUUGAACGCGUUUAAAUUUAAUUUUCAGCCAAGGUACGCUUCUUACUUUUCAUACUUUAUUACUUUGCAGACUGCUUAAAAAUAACCAAUACAAAUUUAAAUCUAUGAUGUGUUUUAAUGUUGGGCUAUUGUUUCUAUUACAGACUUACAAAGUGGUAGGGGGGCUAAAAUGGCUUCUGCAGGUGUCUAGUAAACAAUUCUGUUUCUGUAUCUCAGACAAAUACUAUCAUUUGCAAGCUGCUUUGUUUUAUUACAAAACUGACAGGCUUUUAAAAAUUAACAAGAACAUGACACAGUUUUAAAACAUCUGUGAAAUUUUUUAAAAUUACUCUUUCAAAUAAUGAUGAAAACAUACAAAUGGUGUACUUUGUACUGAAAAACCCAGUACAGGGGGAUGGGAUAGGAGAACUCUAGAACUCAGACUUAUACAGAAAUAGUAUUGUGCAAUUCAUGUUACCAGCAUGUCACUUUUAAAGGAAUCAAAGUAAGAAUCCAAGGAAAAGAAAAAUUGAUGUAGAAACUUUCUUCAAGGGCUUAGACAGAAAAUUAUGUUGAGCAUUACUGUCUUGCAUGAAACAAAUUUAACUCCUGGUAAAUCUUGAUAGUUACUCACAAAUCGUUACCAAAAAAAAAAGAGGAAACAAAGUCUAAUCAGUAAUACAUAUAUACCUAUUCCCUCCCCACACAGAAUCAGUUGUUCAAGUGAGAAUAAUACUCAAUACAUUCAAAGUUGCUAGAUCCAAAUAUUUAGUUCUUCAGUUUCAAGGUGGUUGUAGCUUUGUGUUGUAUCCAGGUUUUCAUCUUAAAAGCAUGAGCUGUUUUGCAAUAAACCUUUUUAACCUGUAUACACACAUUUUGCCUUAUUUGCAUUUCAGACAUGGAGGGAAUGCUGUAAUAUUUAACCUGCCAUAGUCAUCUUCCCCAAUCACUGUUCUUCAGAAAGUUAGUACAUGUGACUUUUCAACUGCUUUUACCAAAUCAAAAUACUUUCACUUUAUUUUCUUUGUUAAGAAAAGCAAAUAAUUGUAACUACACUUUGCUUUUAAUCCCCCCCAUCCUCAGUAUAGCCACUGUGGGAAUUCAGGAGGGGACUUAUAAAAGAGUUUGAACAGAAAGGGAUGUAAUAUUUAAAUGCCACUGUGCAAAAAAAAAAAAAAAAAAAGAGAAAAACCUUGAUACUGUCUUUAAAGCAUGCAAGCAUUGAUAAAAUUUUAUUUUUUGCUACAUGAAACCCCCUGUGUACAAAUCAGCGUAGAGGAUUUUGUAAGGAAUUUCUUUUUCAUCUCUUGCCUAAUAGUUGUGUAUUUUAGAAAUCUUAUUUCAGUAAUAGUUUUGGGUUUUUUUGGUCAAGACUCUGUUUUCAGUAUCAUGUCUAUUUUGUGUAUAUAACGCAUAGAAUACUGAAAAGAUUAAAAAGGGAAAGCGGAAAUGCUUUGUCAUUGUUUUGACUGGAAAAUGGCAGCGCUGUUCGAUAUUUUGAAAAUGCUCUCCAAAUAGGCAUGAAUAUAUAUGGUUGUAUUUGAUAUCACUUUUUUAAAUAAAUAUGAUUAUAGCUUCUAA